ACAAAUCCACUUCAACAACAUCUUUUGAUCCAUAUUCUCUCUCACUUCCUGAAAACUCCAAGGCAGCCAUGAGUCUCUCAGCGAAAGACAAGACCGUGGUGAAGAAUUUCUGGGCCAAGGCUGAAGGGAAGGCCGGCGAACUUGGCGGUGAAGCUCUGGGCAGGAUGCUGGUUGCCUACCCGCAGACCAAGACCUACUUUUCCCACUGGGGCUCUGAUCUGAACCCUCAGAACGCACAAGUGAAGAAACAUGGUGCAGUCAUCAUGGGAGCCGUGGGCAAAGCCGUCAAAAACAUUGAUGAUCUCACCGGUGCCUUGAGCGCCCUCAGUGAGCUGCACGCUUUCAAGCUCCGGGUGGAUCCCGCCAACUUUAAGAUCCUGGCCCACAACAUCAUCUUGGUCAUGGCCAUGUACUUCCCUGCAGACUUCACCCCAGAGGUCCACGUCUCCGUUGACAAGUUCCUGCAGAACCUGGCUUUUGCUCUGUCAGAGAGGUACCGUUAAGCUCCAGCAACGCAGAAGCAACGACUGCCCACAUGUGGCGAGUGAUCCGACAGCGUCAACAACCCUGUUGAUAUGUAGGGGCUCAAUAAAAUCACAAAUAUAAAA